UCAAGGUUGCAGCAAUAUGCUCUCUUCUGCUCGAUGGGUGGUUACAGUACUCCUCUUAAUUCAACUAUGCCUCGCGCGUAGCUCGACAGAGACACAAGCAGCAGCCCCAACGUCGUUAUCGAAUACUAUACCAAGUUGCGCAUCAGCUUGUGUUACAACAUACAUAGAGACGGACUAUCCCACAGGGUCAUGUUCUGAUUGGGCGGACCUCGACUGUCUAUGCAGGACGAGCACAGCAAGUGGCUAUACCUUGGGGGAAGCAGCUUUGCGGUGCGCGCUUUCGUACUGUCCCCAGGAUGUGACACUAAGCUCGAAUGCUUAUAAUAUUUGCGACUCGGUAGCAGGAGCUCUACCGAAUACACAUGCUACAAUCACCGCCACCAUUAUGUCCACUGCGUCUCAUACGGCCUUGUCCGAAACAACUUCAGCAACGCAGACGGAGGUUACCUCCACCUCGACUACAGAUACUGCAAAGCCGCAGCCUGAAGUCACAUCUGCUAGUACUUCUGCUUUCGUCACCAGCUUUGAAGCUCCAUUAUCGGUAACUGGUCCGAUAUCAACACCCUCCAGCACAACUAGCACAGCAAGCAACACCAGCGCAACCAGCGACCAACCAAUACCGGAUAGUUCUACUCCAACCCCCAGUGGAGAGCCCUCUCAUAAUCUCAAUGCAGGCGCAGUGAUUGGUGUUUCGGUAGCCUCAGGUGUAUCUGGCUUUUUCAUUAUUGGAGUUGGAUUGUUCUUCUGUUGCAGAAGAAUCAGGCGCAAACACCAAGAAGCAAAGAACCGGGACUUUUUUGAAAUCGGGGGCGUCAUGUCAGAGCCUCCUGAUUUCGGUCGACCUCCUAGGAGGCUUCCGACCCCGGGUCCUAAGCCUUACCUCGGCGGAUCGAGUAGGGAUCCCGAGAUGACAAGGUUGAUGUCACCAUUUUCGCCCCGACCUCAAGUUCCACCUGUGAUUGUUACUGCGCCAAAUGAUCACGAAAGUCUCAUAGAGUUUGAAAGACCGGAACAUAUCGGGUUUGCAGUAUCCUCUGAAUCCGAGUUCGAGGGAAGCCAGUCAUCGUAUCGAACGGUGUCCGACUUGCUGCCCGACAGGCCAUGGCUAUACCCGGAGCCUCUCAGAUGGGGUCGUCCAAAGUAUUCGAGACCGUCAAGUGGUGCAUUCGGGCCUGACGACUAUGAACCAAUACCUAGAAACUUUUUUGCUGCCCCGAAUGGAUAUACAAAUUUCUCAAGCUUCACGGGGUACGGGAAUGAAAAUAGGCAAUACACUCAGAUGCGGAGGGCGGGUCUACCUGCUAAUCCUCGUGCAUUACUAUACGGUUUCGACGGGGCACAGCGUUUCUUGCCGGCCAAGAAAACUCAAGCCAAUCCGAUGAAACCGGUUUAUAUCAAUUCCGAAGGAAAGUCUCAGCAUUCUCGUGAGGCUGCUAUAUGCGGGAGCCAAGGAAGCCAGUCGCCUCGCAGGCAGUCGUGGGAUCGAGACUACGUUAGAGAGUACUGGCAGGAUCCCAACGUUGGAUGUAGUAGGACGAACGGACGACCAUCAUCGCAUGGUGCUGCUCGUCGCUCAUUCCAUAGCUCCGGUAGGAACGAUCGGUUAUCAGGUGGAUCGGAGACCAGCUUCGAAACGGUCGAUAUAAACGAGAACCUUGGACCUCCGUCGGCCACUCGGCAUAGUGGGAACUUCAAGCCGCUUAGUCCGUUGAGAGAAGUCCGAACACCGUCAGGGAGUCCGAGGAACACUCGAGACAACAACCACAACAACAAAUCGACCUCGCGCGGUCCAUCACCUGUACAGUAUCCCAAGAUACCGGGCUCCAUCCACCCAGCCCAAGAAAUUGUGUCCAGACCUCGAAUUGUGAAACAGAACGACAUCAAGCGAGUGCAGAUACACCGAGGCAAGCCACAACCCAAGGAACUGACCGUUCCAUACUCACCAGAGGACUACUGGACAGACCCAAGCAGUAGUUCAUCAUCACAGGAAAUCCCCCAGACGUCACCUAGCCGGCCUAUGGGACCCAGGGAACCAAGAAAACCGAUGACACCACAGGGCCAAAAAAGGCAGUCGCCUUUGGAGCAUAAUCUAACACCGUCCAGACGAGGAGGCGACUUGAUAAUUCGGGUGGAUUGACACAUCAAGUUUUGGAAUUAUGCAGAGCCUUGAUUAUGAGAUGUGCACGCUGGUUUCCGUUCUGGGCAGUAUGGGUUAGCUUACCUGGAAGGGUGACAUCAGCGAGGCCUUUGUUGGCAGGAUUGUACAUUUGUGUAAAUUAAUUCCCUUCCCACCAGCCAUUUUCAAAAUGUAUAGAUACAGCUCUAGUGAUGUAUAAUCCGCGAAUACGACCUUAGAAUCAUCUUAAUAUGAGGCUUUAUCUACCACCCAUAAAGAAAUAUAUCCAUGCCAUCACAUGCAGGAAAAGGCUGAACAGGUGGCUGGCGUGUUUACCGAUGGCGCGGUAAUAAUACGAGAUUACACCAGCGAGAAUGGGGGAUUCGCGUAAAUACCGGUAAUGGCUCGGUUUUGUUCCUGGUGGAGGCAGCCCAUGACGUCGAGAUUGAUCAACAUCACGG